GAUAAGUACACUACUGCAAUCUGUUAAUUUUGUUGUUAAUGUGUGUUAAUAGUUACAAACUGCAAAAUAAAUAAAUAUAACCUAAAACUACUAUUGUAUGCGAAAAUUACAGAAAAUGGUCCGAUAUCAAGCAUUGAAAGGUUUAUAUGACACAGAAAGGACAAUAGGUUGCGGAGGAUUUGCGAAAGUAAAAAUGGCUACACAUUUAGCAACUGGGGAGAAAGUAGCUAUUAAAAUUAUGGAUAAAACAGCACUAGGCGAUGACUUGCCCAGGGUUAAACUUGAACUUAAAGCUUUGCAAACUUUAUCUCAUGAACACAUUUGUAAAUUGUAUCAGGUGAUUGAAACUGGAAGCAACUUUUUUAUUAUUAUGGAAUAUUGUUCUGGAGGAGAGCUUUUUGACCAUAUCGUCGAAAAGAACAGGUUGACAGAAUCAGAAAGUCGAAUGUUCUUUAGACAAAUCGUUUCUGCUGUGGCUUAUUUACAUAGUUUAGGAUAUGCUCACCGGGAUCUGAAACCGGAAAAUGUUCUUUUAGACAAAAAUCAGAAUUUAAAACUGAUUGAUUUUGGAUUGUGUGCUAGACCAGAAGGCGGUAUGGAGAGCCCUUUAUUUACGUCUUGCGGUUCCCCUACUUAUGCCGCCCCCGAGCUUGUAUUAGGGAAACAGUAUUUAGGACCUGAAGUAGAUGUAUGGGCUAUGGGCGUAUUACUGUAUGCCCUUCUUGCUGGAUCGUUGCCGUUUGAUGACCUUAAUAUUGACAGCUUAUAUAAAAAAAUUUUGAGUGGCAAGUAUGAGGAGCAUACAUUUAUGUCUCGCGAAAGCCUUCGCUUAAUAAAAUCCAUGCUACAAGUUGAUCCCAAAGCGCGUAUUACCGUAAGCGAACUUCUUUCACAUCCUUGGCUCACUUUGGGUGUUUUGGAUCCGGUCGAAAUCAGAAUGGAGAACUCUAAGUGCUACGAUGUUGAAUGCGUUAAUGUCAUGGCGAAAUAUUAUCAAGUGGAGCCAGAUGUUAUUUGGAAUCACAUAAAAAAGUGGAAGUACGAUUACCAUACAGCGACGUAUUUUCUUCUACUGGCAAAGAAGAAACGAGGCUUUUCACUGAAGUUAUACAGCAGCAUAGCUAAAUUUCCCCUACCAAUUAAAAUUAGUCAAACACCCAACAAGAUUAUUCAGAAAAACUUCACGUGUCCUGAUUUGCUGGCCGGUAUUAAAACUCCAUUGCAUGUAACAUCUACUCCGACGAAGAAAGACGAAAAUACUCCUAUUACUCCUAAAAUCGGAGACUUUUCCAGUCCCAUGGGUUUCAUCGAACCAAGAAAGCCUUCGAGUAUUCGUAAGCCUCAGAAGAGGAUAAGGAGCCCCGGCCCAGACGAUAGCUCACCAGUUCCCGCAAAGAAAAUUUCGCCAGAAAAUACCACCCCGGUUAAUACACCAGAAGGGAAACGGCCACAAAGUAAUACCGAGACCCCGGGGUCAGCACGUCGCGUCCUGGGAAGCAUCGAACGGUCUUUCCACAAGGUGCGGCAUGUCCUAACGCCCCGAAGGCCUGGAGAGGCAGGCAUCACCCAACCCGCAUCGCUUACCAGCAAGAAUCUGUGCAAUGUGUCUACGACUCAGUGUCGCGAUCCCGAAUACGUCAUCAACGAGUUGUCGAAAGCUUUAGAAAAGAAAGGAAUUCACUGUGAUAGAAAAGGAUUCAAGCUCAGGGGGAAACUGGAACCCAACGUCAUCGACCGCUUCGGUGGCUGUUCCUUCGAGCUAGAAAUAUGUUACCUUCCGAAUCUAGGACCACCGCAACUGUCAGAAACUUUUAACACCCCCACCAAAUCCAUUCUCGUAAAGGGUCCUCUUAAUUUCAACACUCCCUCCAGAGGUAAUAAUAACAAUUCCCCCGCUAACGUUACGUCCAUCAAAGACGCUAAAAUCGAGGUUUUGAAUAACUCAAAUAAGGUACUCAACGGUGCCUUCGUAGGAAUAAGAAGGAAACGAUUAAAGGGCGAUUCUUGGUGUUAUAAGAAAGUCUGUGAGCAAGUGCUAGCGCUAACCGCCACAGAUUUUAAGAAUGUUACAGAAUCGUCAGUAUAA